GGAGCGCACUACUUUCUCGGGUGGGGUACUGCGCGCACGUAGGCAGCGCGUCGGUCGGUUUGUUUCUGCGGUAUGGUUUGGGUUUGUCGUCUGUUUGGCUUGAAUCUGAAGAUUUCGACGAGGACGUCGUUUGUUUGUGUUCUGGACGUUUGCGAAACAUUGCGCACGGUGCAAGGCUGGUGACCACUGGAGGGGGGCUGCAUGUUUAGGGUGUAACCCUCAGCCGCCCCAAUCACCAUGACGACAGACAUAUCCCUGGUCCGGUGGGACCCGACGCUCCAGCAGGAGAUCGUCGAGGACUACGAGUAUGAUGGCGGAAACUCGUCGUCGCGACUCUUCGAACGAUCGCGCAUCAAGGCGCUAGCAGACGAACGAGAAAGUGUACAGAAAAAGACCUUCCAAAAAUGGGUCAACUCACAUCUGGUGCGCGUCAACUCGCGCAUCAGCGAUCUGUAUAUCGACAUGAGAGACGGAAAGAACCUCCUUAAACUCCUAGAAGUACUCUCCGGAGAAAGAUUACCGCGGCCGACCAAAGGCAAGAUGCGAAUUCACUGUCUAGAAAAUGUAGAUAAGGCACUUCAAUUCCUGCGGGAGCAGCGUGUGCACCUAGAAAACAUGGGCUCGCACGACAUUGUGGACGGCAACCCCCGCCUGUCCCUGGGUCUCAUCUGGACCAUCAUCCUGCGCUUCCAGAUUCAAGACAUCACUAUCGAAGAGACUGACAACCAAGAGACAAAGUCUGCCAAGGACGCUCUCCUGCUCUGGUGUCAGAUGAAGACGGCUGGCUACCACAACGUAAAUGUGCGCAACUUCACGACUUCCUGGCGCGACGGCUUGGCCUUCAACGCCAUCAUCCACAAGCACCGCGCCGAUCUCAUCCAGUUCGACAAGCUCUCCAAGUCCAACGCCAUGUACAACCUGAACAACGCGUUCAACGUGGCCGAGGACAAGCUGGGUCUUCUGAAGCUGCUGGACGCCGAGGACGUGUUCGUCGACCAGCCCGACGAAAAGUCCAUCAUCACGUAUGUCGUGACCUACUACCACUACUUCAGCAAGAUGAAGCAGGAGACGGUGCAGGGCAAGCGUAUCGGCAAGGUGGUGGGCAUCGCGCUGGAGAACGACCGCACCAUCCAGGAGUACGAGAACCUGACGAGCGAACUGCUGCUGUGGAUCGAGACCACGAUCGCGGCGCUGGGCGAGCGCAAGUUCGCCAACUCGCUGGAGGGCGUGCAGAAGCAGCUGGCUCAGUUCAGCAACUACCGCACCGUCGAGAAGCCGCCCAAGUUUGUGGAGAAGGGCAACCUGGAGGUGCUGCUCUUCACGCUGCAGUCGCGCAUGCGCGCCAACAACCAGAAGCCGUACACGCCCCGCGAGGGCAAGAUGAUCUCGGACAUCAACAAGGCUUGGGAGCGGCUGGAGAAGGCGGAGCACGAGCGCGAGCUGGCGCUGCGCGAGGAGCUGAUCCGGCAGGAGAAGCUGGAGCAGCUCGCCGCGCGCUUCAACCGCAAGGCGGGCAUGAGGGAGACUUGGCUCAGCGAGAACCAGCGGCUCGUCUCGCAGGACAACUUCGGCUUCGACCUCGCCGCCGUGGAGGCCGCCGCCAAGAAGCACGAGGCCAUCGAGACGGACAUCCUGGCCUACGAGGAGCGCGUGCAGGCCGUGGUGGCCGUCAGCCAGGAGCUGGAGGCCGAGAACUACCACGACAUGGCGCGCAUCAACGCGCGCAAGGACAACGUGCUGCGCCUCUGGAACUACCUGCUGGAGCUGCUCCGCGCGCGCCGCCUGCGCCUGGAGAUGUCCCUGCAGCUGCAGCAGAGCUUCCAGGAGAUGACGUAUAUCCUGGAUUCCAUGGAGGACAUGAAGAUGCUACUGCUGUCAGACGACUACGGCAAGCACCUGAUGGGCGUGGAGGACUUGCUGCAGAAGCAUUCGUUGGUCGAGGCCGACAUCAACGUGCUGGGCGAGCGCGUUAAAGCCGUGGUGCAGCAGUCGCAGCGCUUCCUGGACGAGGGUCUGGAGGGCGUGGAGGGCUAUAAGCCGUGCGACCCCACCAUCGUGGUGGACCGCGUACAGCAGCUGGAGAAUGCCUACGCCGAGCUGGUGAAGCUGGCCGUGGAGAGGCGCUCUCGCCUCGAGGAGAGCAAGCGCUUGUGGCAGUUCUACUGGGACAUGGCCGACGAGGAGAACUGGAUCAAGGAGAAGGAGCACAUCGUGUCGACGGGUGACAUCGGUCACGACCUGACCACCAUCCACCUGCUGCUCACCAAGCACAAGGCACUGGAGUCGGAGAUCUCGAGCCACGAGCCACAGCUCGUGUCUGUGAUGGCCGUGGGCGAAGAGCUCGUGCGCCAGGAGCACUUCGGCAAGAAGCGUAUCGAAGACCGGCUUCAGGACAUCCUGGGCCAGUGGAGCCACCUGCUGGACCAGUCAGCGCUGCGCCGCCGUCGCCUCGAGGAGGCCGUCGACUUCCACCGGUUCUUUGCGGACGCGGAUGACGUGGACCACUGGAUGCUGGACGUGCUGCGCCUCGUGUCGAGCGAGGACGUGGGUCGCGACGAGGCCAACGUUCAGUCGCUCCUCAAGAAGCACAAGGAUGUCACGGACGAGCUCAAGAACUACUCCACGGCAAUCGAAGCGCUGCACCAGCAAGCCGGAACCCUCGGCGAGCGCGACCGCGAGUCCCCCGAGGUGCAAGAGCGGCUGGCCAGCAUCGACCACCGCUACAAGGAGCUCAACGAGCUGGCCAAGUUGCGCAAGCAGCGCCUGCUCGACGCGCUGUCCCUGUACAAGCUGCUCAGCGAGUCGGACGGCGUGGAGCAGUGGAUCGGGGAGAAGGACCGCAUGCUGCAGACCAUGGUGCCCGCCAAGGACAUCGAGGACGUGGAGAUCAUGAAGCACCGCUACGACGGCUUCGAGAAGGAGAUGAAUGCCAACGCGUCGCGCGUCGCCGUGGUGAACCAGCUGGCGCGCCAGUUGCUGCACGUCGAACACCCCAACUCGGAGCAGAUCCACGCGCGCCAGAACGAGCUAAACCACGGCUGGGCGGAACUGCGCGAGAAGGCCGAGGCCAAGCGCGAGGAGCUCAACUCUGCGCACGGUGUGCAGACUUUCCACAUCGAGUGCCGCGAGACCGUCAGCUGGAUCGAGGACAAGAAGCGCAUCCUGCAGUCCACGGACAGCCUCGAGAUGGACCUGACGGGCGUCAUGACGCUGCAGCGCCGCUUGUCGGGCAUGGAGCGCGACCUGGCUGCCAUCCAGGCCAAGCUAGACGCCCUGGACCGCGAGGCAGAGGCCAUCAGCGCCGAGCACCCCGAGGAGGCCGCGUUGAUCCGCCAGCGCAUCGAGCAGAUCCAGACCAUCUGGGAGCAGCUCACGCAGAUGCUCAAGGAGCGCGACUCGAAACUGGAGGAGGCCGGCGACCUGCACCGGUUCCUUCGCGACCUGGACCACUUCCAGGCCUGGCUCACCAAGACCCAGAAGGACGUGGCCUCCGAGGACACGCCCGCUUCGCUCGCCGAGGCUGAGAAGCUGCUGAGUCAGCACCAGAGUAUCCGCGAGGAGAUCGACAACUACACGGAUGACUACGCAAAGAUGAUGGAGUACGGUGAGCGCUUGACGGCCGAGCCGUCCACCCAAGACGACCACCAGUAUAUGUUCCUGCGCGAGCGCCUGAAGGCCCUUCGCGAUGGCUGGGAGGAGCUCUACCAGAUGUGGGAGAACAGGCAGCAGCUGCUUAGCCAGUCGCUCAACCUCCAGAUGUUCAACCGCGACGCCAAGCAGGCUGAGGUUCUGCUCAGCCAGCAAGAGCACGUUCUCAGCAAGGACGAGACUCCGACCAACCUGGAGCAGGCCGAGAACCUCAUCAAGCGCCAUGAGGCAUUCCUUACCACCAUGGAGGCCAACGACGACAAGGUCAACUCGGUGGUGCAGUUCGCCAGCCGACUGAACGACGAGGGUCACUUCGAUUCGGACAAGGUGAACAGGAAGGCCCAGAACAUCGACGAGCGGCGCAAUGCCAACCGGCAGCGCGCCCUGGAGCAGAUGGAGAAGCUUAAAGACCAGCUACAGCUGCACCAGUUCCUCCAGGACUGCGAGGAGCUCGGCCAGUGGGUGCAAGAAAAGAACAUCACCGCGCAGGACGAGACGUACCGCAGCGCCAAGACAGUACACAGCAAGUGGACCCGCCACCAGGCGUUCGAGGCCGAGAUCGCCUCCAACAAGAACCGUCUAGACGAGGUGCAGCGCGCGGGUGAGGAGCUCAAGCGAGAGAAGCCCGAGCUGGCCGAGAUCAUCGACCCCAAGACCUCCGAGCUCGGAUCUCAGUUCGAGGACCUCGAGCGGACCACUAAGGAGAAAGGAGAGCGGCUGUUCGACGCCAACCGAGAGACCCUCAUGCACCAGACCUGCGACGACAUUGACUCGUGGAUGACGGAACUAGAGAAGCAGAUCGAAAGCGAGGACACUGGCACGGACCUGGCCUCUGUCAACAUCCUUAUGCAGAAGCAGCAGAUGAUCGAGACGCAGAUGGCCGUGAAAGCCAAGCAGGUGACCGGGCUCGAGACCCAGGCCGAGUACCUGCAACGCACCGUGCCGGAGAAGAUGGAUCAGAUCUCGGAGAAAAAGCGGGCUGUCGAGCAAAGAUUCGAGCAAAUCAAGGCUCCCCUCUUGGAGCGGCAAAGGCAGCUGGAGAAAAAGAAGGAGGCCUUCCAGUUCCGUCGUGAUGUGGAGGACGAGAAGCUGUGGAUCGCAGAAAAGAUGCCCCAGGCGACUUCAACUGACUAUGGUAACUCACUCUUCAAUGUUCAUAUGCUGAAAAAGAAGAACCAAUCGUUGCGGAAUGAAAUUGACAACCAUGAACCCCGCAUUCAUGCUGUUUGUAACAAUGGAAAGAAACUCAUUGGUGAGGAUCAUGAAGACACACCUCAAUUCAUGCAUUUAAUAGAAGACCUAAUUUCCAAGUGGGAGCGGUUGAAGUCAGCAGUUGAUGAGAGGCGCAACCAAUUACUCCAGUCAGAGAAGGCACAACAGUACUUCUUUGAUGCCAGUGAAGCUGAAUCUUGGAUGAGUGAACAAGAAUUAUACAUGAUGGUUGAAGACCGGGGUAAAGAUGAAAUCUCAGCUCAAAAUCUCAUGAAGAAGCAUGAGGGCCUAGAACAAGCAGUUGAAGACUACGCAAAUACUAUUCGGCAACUUGGUGACACUGCAAAACAGUUGAUUAAUGAACAGCAUCCAGACAGUGACCAGAUUGCUGUGAAGCAAUCUCAGGUAGACAAAUUGUAUGCUGGACUUAAGGACCUCGCAGGUGAAAGAAGAGCUAAAUUGGAUGAAGCUCUGCAGCUCUACAUGUUAAAUAGAGAAGUAGAUGACUUAGAACAAUGGAUCCAACAAAGAGAGGUUGUUGCUGGCUCCCAUGAACUGGGCCAGGACUAUGACCACGUCACUCUCUUAUGGGAGAGAUUUAAAGAAUUUGCUCGUGAUACGGAAGCAGUUGGAUCAGAGAGAGUCUCUCAAGUGAACAGCAUUGCUGAUUCACUCAUUGCUGCAAGUCAUUCAGAUAGCGCCACAAUUGCUGAAUGGAAAGAUGGUCUUCUGGAAGCAUGGCAGGACCUAUUAGAGCUUAUUGAAACACGAACUCAGAUGCUUGUGGCUUCUCGAGAGCUUCACAAGUUCUUCCAUGAUUGUAAGGAUGUAUUAGGUCGUAUUCAAGAAAAGCAACACGCCAUGUCUGAUGAACUAGGGCGCGAUGCAGGCUCUGUUUCUGCACUUCAGCGUAAACAUCAAAACUUCAUUCAAGACUUGCAAACUCUACAGUCACAGGUUUCACAAAUUCAGAAAGAAUCUGAAAAAUUGCAAACAUCUUACGCUGGUGACAAGGCCAAUGAAAUUACCAACAGAGAGGCAGAGGUAGUUAACGCAUGGAGUAAUCUUCAGAAUAUGUGUGACAGUCGCAAACAAAAGUUGGCUGACACUGGAGACUUGUUCAAAUUCUUCAUCAUGGUUAGAACAUUAAUGCUGUGGAUGGAUGAUGUUGCAAGGCAAAUGAACACUUCUGAAAAGCCAAGAGAUGUUAGUGGUGUAGAAUUGCUAAUGAACAACCACCAAAGUCUAAAAGCUGAAAUAGAUACAAGGGAAGAUAACUUUACUGCCUGUAUGUCCUUAGGCAAAGAACUGCUUUCACGUAAUCAUUAUGCUUCAAAUGAGAUUAAGGAGAAACUUCUGUCUCUGAACAAUCAGAGAACUUCACUUCUGCAUCGCUGGGAGGAAAGAUGGGAAAACCUUCAACUUAUUUUGGAGGUCUACCAGUUUGCCCGAGAUGCUGCUGUUGCAGAGGCCUGGCUCAUAGCACAAGAACCUUAUCUCAUGUCACAUGAACUUGGGAUGUCAAUUGAUGAUGUGGAAGCACUUAUCAAGAAACACGAAGCUUUUGAAAAAUCUGCUGCUGCCCAAGAGGAGAGGUUUAGUGCACUGGAGAGACUUACAACAUUUGAAUUAAAGGAGUUUAAGAGGAGAGAGGAAGAAGAAGAACGGAAAAGGGAGGAGGAUUUGGCUGCGCAACAGCAGCCUCCCACAUCACCUCAGGGGACCGGGGACAGACCUGAUGGACCAGGAUCACCACAAGCUGAAGCAGCGCAGGCCCAGGCUGAACAGGAAGCACAAGCUUCACGCAAAUCUUCAACCAAAAUUAUGGUUGCUCAAGUGGAACGAUCAACUGUUAGAGAAGUGGUAACGGAAGUUGAAGACUCAUUGCACAAGCGUCACACGAUGCCAGAACCUGCACCUUCUCUUCGGCCUGAACCACCGGAAAGGGUUAAGUCACUUCCUGUUGAAUCUGCGCAACCGAUGGCCCCACGGUUGAGCGCCAAAGACACUUCUUCCACAUCUCGGAAGAAAGAUCGGUCGCGUUCAAAGUCACCCUUCAGAAGUUUCCGCUGGAAGAAGGGCUCUGGACCUAAGAGCCCAACUCUUGCUCCAACCAGCGCCAGUGAUGAUGAGUCCAACAUAGAGAGGGCAGAAUCAACACCAUCCAACAAUCUUGAAGGAGUCUUGACCCGGAAACCUGUUUGGGAGAGUCAGACUAAGAAAGCAUCUAACAGAUCAUGGGAUAAGGUAUAUAUUGUACUGCGAGGGAACCUCCUCUCUGCCUACAAGGACCAAAAAUCAUACAAUUCAGCACCUGGAAUCUGCUUUAAAAAUGAAAGUCCAGCUGACCUUAGAGGAGGGUCAUGUGAAACAGCGGAAGACUACACUAAAAAGAAACAUGUCUUCAGGCUUAAACUAAGCGCUGGUGCUGAAUAUUUGUUCCAAGCAAAGGAUGAUAAUGAAAGAUCAAAAUGGGUAACAAGUCUUGCUCAGGCCUGUGAAAUGCAAGGAUCUCCUGGACCAUCUCGAGCCCAAACCUUACCAGCAUCAACAGAGCAGCGCAGAGAGGAUACAAAAAGACGUAGCUUUUUCACACUCAAGAAAAAUUGAGAGUGUUGAGUAUGUUCUGUCGCUCAUCUUUUUCAUCACAAGGUUGGCAUCCAACCUCCACCUCAUUCUGCAAAGCUACACUAUGUUUGACACUUGGCAUUUCUUUGCCUCAUGAUCUUUCCCUAUCACUUUGUACCAUCAUUAUUUUUAAUUGUGUCAUCAUUCAUUUGUUAAUAACAGUGCAGGAGUUUUCCAGCAAUACAAAGCUUAAUAUUUUUAUUUGUAUAAACUUGUAUUUACUGCCAGUUUUUCCAAACUAAUGACUUUUAAUUAUGUGGAAGCACUAUGCCUCAUGUUCAUAGGUGGGCUGGGACGGGUUUUGCUGUAAACUGUUUUAAAGUUUGUCAUUAAUUUAUUAUUGUAUUGUACUUUUACAUUUUGUAAGUGUGGAAGCACACAUUGCUUUUUACUCUUUAAUCUACAGUGAACUAUAAAUACAUAGUUCCGUUGUAUGGCCCUUUAUGAUGGAAAAACUGUGCCUUGAAUGCAAAGUUAUGUGAAUUCAGUUAACUAGAUUCGAAAUUGAGACUAGCCACUUACCAUUGUUGCAUCUGUAGGGGUUCAGGGAGAGAAAUUUGCCAGAAUUGGUGUUAUUUUGUAUGAAUUUUUGUGCAUUUAAGCUUUGGCCAGUACCACAUCACAUGUAAUUACUGUACCAGUAAAAUUGAAUGUGUGUAAAUAUCAGCUUUCAAUUGAGUCACAUCGUACUGUAGAUUGUAAACUACUUUUAAUUGUUUUAAUUUUUUAGAACUUUCAAAUUCUAUGAUUUUAUUUUAUUGUGACUUAUUCUGUUUGAGAGAUAUUUCUGUUGGUAUUGGGUGGGUUUUAUUUCUUUUAAGGUUCUUUAUGUCUCAUUUUAAGAAGUUUGCAUGCUUCAAAUUUUUCAAGGAAUAGAUAUCUAUUGAGAAUGCCAAUUCAGUGCUUUACUGUCAUCUUUGGAAAAAAAUCCUAAUGCAGAUCUUAUGAUAGCUGCUAGUCACUUAAUUGUAGAGGACUGCAUUCACAUAACAGAUGGACUGAUGGCGUUAAAGUGGUCACAUGUGGUGCUUCACAUAGAGCUUGUUAAAAUAUAAUACUUUGAGUAGCAUAAUUUAAAAGAGUUUAAUUCCAGGCCCAAGAUUUGUUUUCAUUUGUAUGAGAGUGGAUAUUGAAUGUAACUGAUUGUGAGAAGCAUCCCUUGAUUAGUUAGCUGACAAGGAUGUGUUUUUGAGAGGGAUGGAAUUUUGAAGAGUACUUUUUAUAUUUCAAAGAAUUAUGUAAGUGGGAAUAAAAAAAACUAUACCCUUUCUAAUCUUGUGAAGUUUGCACAUUCCUAUUAGGGUGCAUGUUCUCCAAUUCUUCCUUUUGUCUCUUGUACAAGUUUCCAUCCCCUUUAGUGUCCAGUUUAGACAAUGCAGCUGCUCGUACCCGCCCCAGAUUAUUUAAAAAAUGUAAAUUUGGUUCUAGUAUUGGGAAAUGUGCUUAUAAUAAAGAAAUCAGCUGACUGAAA